UUAUGCUCCACGCCAGCACUCAUCACUUUGCGCCGCCCAAACUGGAGGCUUAUGCUCUGGCAGUGACACCAUCUCAUCACCACCCAACAUCAAGGCGAUGGACAGCGCUGGCGGAGUGCUGCUGUUUGCUCCUCGUCAAGCCUUAUCGCAAGCUUGAAGGCUGAUCUGCUACCCACUGCCGCUCGGUCCCCCUUCAAUCUCCUCCGUGCACACUGUGACCGUUUGCUGGUCUUCUCACAAGCACGAGCACGAGCACGAGCACAGGGAAGGGCAAACAGCUGCCUUACGAUUUGACGACGUUAUAUGAUCACUCCGCCCGUAGCUCAAUGCUACCGCGAAUAGCGCGCCGUUGGGCACAGUAGCGAGCAUCACGCCCAUAUCACCUCCACUGGCUGAGAGAGACGCCGGAUUGGCACGGCAACAUGGGGAACAGCUCUUCGAAAGACGAGCGGAAGUCGUCGCGGCCCAGUAGCAUCAGGAAUGCAAGCGGUGCUGCGCAACAGCCUACACCAAGCCAAGCUUCUCCAACCUCACAACAUCAGCCCACCCCUGGCGAACGACUUGCCGGACGCAUAUACGGCGCCAGGAAUAAUGGCAAUGCGAGCGCGAGAGCGAGUCGGAAUGAUCUGUCGUUUCUGCAUAUUGGCCGAGCGCGGGAUAGAGAUGAUGAGGCUGCCCAGCCCGAACGGCCGCGGGAGACGAAACAGGAACGUGAGGCGCGGAGGGCGGAAAGAGAACGACAGGCGAGGCUGAAAGAGAGAGAGCGAAGUAUGCGGGAAGAGCAUGUGGAUGGAGGAUAUCUCGUGACAGUGGGCGUCUAUACUGGGCCAGAGGAUUUCAGCAAACCUUUGGUCAGGCAGUUCCAGAUCGAGCGCAGGCUGGCUCCGUUCUGGAAAGGCCUCAACGAUCAUGACGAAAGCUGGACGGAAGCACAACUCUUUGCGGCUGCGAGAGGAUUGCCCAUACCUGCUGCAGAUGAAGUGCCUCCAGAGAUGGCCCGGACGGAAUCUCAGGCUUCCUUCAACGCCCGCGCAUCUGAUGCUAAUAUCAACAGCUUGACAGUACCCAUUGGUGCAAGGUCACAGUCAUACCAAUCUGAGACGUCGGGCCUGCUCUCAGCAUCACAUCCUGCAUUCAGCACCAGCUCCGGCCCUUCGUCACCAACGAGUCCGACCUCCACCGGUUCGCAGCUUUUUCGGGGAAGGGCGAAGACUCUGGCUUCCCUAGCCACCGGCAACAAGAGUCAGUCGCCAGAUCUCACGCCGCAGGAAAUACGACUACCAAACGACCCAUACAUCAAUGGCCAGCCGCUGGAAGCUUAUCUCUACAAGGAUGCCUCCGAAUGUCCUAUCUGCUUUAUGUACUACCCGCCAUUUCUGAACAGAACCCGGUGUUGUGACCAACCCAUAUGCUCAGAAUGCUUUGUCCAAAUAAAGAGGCCCGAUCCACACCCGCCAGAGCAUGAGCAACCAGGACAACAACGACCGCCGGAGGAAGAAGCUGAGAUGCUUGUGUCAGAAGUGGCCGCAUGUCCGUUUUGCGUCACACCUGAAUUUGGCGUGACAUACGAUCCUCCAUCCUUCCGACGUGGCCUCGCAUAUGCGCAUCAAAAUCUACCGAACAACCCGACCUCUCCAAUGUCAUCAUCUACGUCUCUUUCCCCUGGACCUACCAGACGGCGAGCCACAUCUCUCUCAACGAAGGACCCGAAAGUCAUCACGACUGACAUGGUGAGACCUGAUUGGGCCAAGAAGCUGGCUGAUGCACGCGCACACGCGCUGAGGAGGUCUGCUGCUGCGACCGCGUUACACAAUGCUGCCUACGUUCUUGGGAAUCAAGGUGAUGGUCAGUUCCGCACCGGGUUUGGGAUUGGCAGACGACGUAGGACGUUGUUUGUCGAGACUCCAAAUGCCAGUGAUAGUGCCACACCUCAGGAAGGCGAUGGUAGCAGCAGAGAUCUUGUGGGAGGUCGCGGAAGCUCGCGACGAGGGCGUGUCGAAGACCUCGAGGAACUCAUGAUGAUGGAGGCCAUUCGACUCAGUCUGGCAGCUGAAGAAGAGCGCACGCGCAAGGCAGAGAAGGAAGCGGCAAAGGACGCGAAGAAGAAGGCAAAAGAUGCGAGGAAAGAAGAGAAGAAGCAGGAAAAGCUUGCCAAGAAGAAUGCAGGCGGCUCUCUCUACCACGUGGGCACAAAUGAUAGCACAAGCACGUGGGCCAGUACGAGCAUGGCGCGGUCGACCAGUAAUCUUGGCGCCCAGCCGCCGAUACCAGAGGAAUAUCUUCAAGGAAAGGGCAAGCAGCCGGUGCAGGACUUCGCAGGAUUCAACCCGCUGAGCGAGCCGACCUCGACACUGAACAGAUCAGCCAGUCCAGGACACGCCCCUCACCCAUCGACAUCGUCAGCAGACGCGCAGCGGCAUCUCGAAGCAUCUCGAGCAAAUCUGGGAGGUGCUCCCAUACUGGCCCCCUACCGGACAGUACAUCUGCGUGAGACCUCCAAUGUGUCAUCUGCGGCAUCGUCCUUCGUUGACUCAGCUCCAUCGAGUCUCAGAGGCGGCGAUUUGAGCGUGCCUUCCGGGGCUGCUAGUGGCAUAGACGUGACAGCAGGCGCACCGCAAAUCGACGGCAGCCGAUCUGGCACACCCCUGGGCGCCCACACAGGAGAAUCCAUGUUCAACUUCCGCUCCUUAGCAGCAAUGGUCGACGAGGACAAAGCUGGAGCCGACACAUCACAACACAUCGAACACGCCCCCUCAAAAGCCGAAGAAGACGUGAAAGAACCUUCUCCCACGGGAUCCCCUGUCGCUUUACCCGUGCACAUCGAUGGCAAUCGUUCGAGAGGCGACAGUGGAGAAUCUAGUAGUUCCGCCCCUCCGCCUGUAUAUGUUGAGCCCGCUUCUCCCGCGUAUGGGGAUGAAAUUACGCCGGUCCCGACCCGUACGCACCACCAGCAUGAUUCGGAUUUCAAGGAACAUCAUAGCGUGAAGAUUUUGCAUCAUCAUCAUGGCGAUCGGAGGGAGACUGAGUUGAGAUGAAGGAAGGUUCUUUUCAUGACUACAGCAUCGGCGUACCAAAGGGAAGGCGAGCGAAUCGGUUCAUUCUUUCACACCUUGUAGUUUCUUUACUAGACCCGGCAUGGCAUGGGCAAAGAGGAGUCCAUUUUCACGCAUGGCUGAGUGAGAUGAGUAACGAGAGAAAGAGGGGAGGGGGAGAGGGAGGAGCAGAAGAGAUGGGAGAUGGGAGAGAGAGAGAGAUUGUAGGUAUGCAAUGCAGAGAAAGUAUCAGUAUCAGCUUUUGAAC